GACACCCACUGUCAAACACUGGUCAAAACAAACUACAUAUGAGGGAGGGAGAUUUGUCAAACGAAGCGCAACAGUUUCCGGACGAUACAUCAAAUAUGGAGCUUACCGUCAAUAUAAGCAGGCAAAGAUUCCCAUUUUGCAUAGUUUGGACUCCGAUACCAAUUCUAACGUACUUUUUACCAUUCAUCGGUCAUAUGGGCAUCGCUACUUCCAUUGGCGUGAUAAGGGAUUUCGCUGGUCCUUAUCAUGUCUCUGAAGAUAAUAUGGCUUUUGGAAAUCCUACGAAAUACUGGCAAUUAAACUACGCUAAAGCGAAAGGAGGCGUUCAAGGAUGGGAUUCGGCUGUUGCCGAAGCUAGUGAAAUUUACAAAAAUAGAAUGCAUAAUUUAUGCUGCGACAAUUGUCACUCUCACGUGGCUACAGCAUUAAAUUUAAUGUCGUACAAUAGUACAAACAAUUGGAACAUGGUAAAGCUAGCGUUCCUAAUUCUAAUCUAUGGAAAGUAUGUGAGUGUUCUAGCCUUUCUGAAAACUUGGAUGCCUUUUUGUUUUCUCGUUGCUGCUGUAACCUCGUUUUGUCUAUACCCACGAUAACUGAAACACGCAUCUCGGAUAAUUUCUUCGAUUUGAGUGUGAAUUGUAUACUCCCGAAGCGUUGAGCAAAAAUGUUGAUUCCAAGCAAAGUACAAAUCAAUGUAAUCCAGGAUUUAUUAAACACACUGGAGAAUGCUUCAAUAUUGCAUGU